GGAAGGUUAUAUUUUGUUUAUGUUUAGCGGGUUUUGUUAUUUAGUUUCAAUGUUUAUCUUAAACUGUUUUUAGUUAAAGUUAAAUAUUGAUUUUACUGUUAAGUCACUUAGUGUCUGAAUCCCGUCGUCAAAACCUUACCAGAAAUGGCUGGUCCACCUCACACUUUCCAGACUGGUUUUCCUAAUGCUCAGCAAGCAGCUAUGCGUAAUCAGUUUGUUGCAGCUGGUGGAUUAAUGACACCAAAUCAAGCAGGGUUGAUGGCCCCCAACCAAACUGGUCUCAUGACUCCUAAUCAGCAAACAGCUAUGGUGGCACAGCAAGGGUAUGGAGUUGGAGUUGGUGUGGUUGGCAUGCCUCAAGCCCAAGCUGCGCAAACCCAACAAAUGCAAAUCCAGCAGCAGCAAAUGCAGAUUCAGCAACAGCAACAGCUUCAGCAAAUGCAACAGCAGCAGCAGGCACAACAGCAACAACAACAAGCUGGAGGGGCUGUUGCUCAACAAGGGGCUCAAAAUAAGGAGUUUAACACUGCAUCUUUAUGUCGAUAUGGUCAAGAGACAGUUCAAGAUAUAGUAUCGAGAACACAAGAGGUUUUUCAAACACUUAAAGUAAUGCAGCCACCAAAUGGAACACCACAAGGAGCUACUGCCAGUAAUGAAAAGAAAGCAAAAAUGCAAGAGCAGUUGAGAACUAUCAGACUGCUCUUCAAGAGAUUGAGGUUGAUCUAUGAGAAGUGCAAUGAAAGUUGCCAACUUCAAGGGAUGGAGUACAUGCACAUUGAGAGUUUGAUUCCUCUGAAAGAAGAGAAGGAUAUGAAAUCUGAUGAAAGGAAAACAUCAGAGCCCUUUAGAUUAGCUUGUGAUGAAAGCAAAGAAGUUAUGGAGCAAGUUGUAUUGAAAAAUAAGCAACUAAAAGAAGUCAUUGAAUGCCUCAGAAGAAUAAUAUGGGAAAUAAAUACAAUGCUUACUAUGAGAAGAUCAUAGUUUAUUAUUUAUAUCGAGUUCAAAGAGUUUAUGAGAAGGCUGAUUAAAUUAUGGAGACCUGCCAAGACAUGGAAUCUCCUACCACCUAGCUAUAACCUACCUCCAACUGAUCCAAAUAUGAAAUGAAAUCUGUAAAUAUUAUUUUAUGUAAUAUUUUAACAUAGCCGCUAUAUUAUUAUUAAUCAUAGAUAGAUCAAAUAUUGUGUAUAUGUAAAUAAAUAUUAUCUGUUUAAUAUUACAUUUUUAUCAACCCUAACCAUAUUUUCUACACAUUGAGAGGAAAAAAGAGGAAGAGAUGGGACCACAAUACAAAUGCCACUCCCCGCCUUCUCUAAUGGACCAAGAUGUCUUGUUCCCAGUAUAAAUAGAAUUGCAAGAAUAGCCAAAGAUUGUGUUAACUGUGUAACAUCCCUUUAUUUAGAACAUGAUUUACAACCUCCGCAAACUCUCUCCCGAAUGGUCCUUUUCAGUUAAAAUCAGGACCUUAUUAGAUGGUUGUCACUUCUAUAGUAUUUCCAAGUCAAUUUCAACCUUUUCCAAGUCAAAUUAAACUUUUUCCAAGUCAAAUUCAACCUUUUCCAUUUCAAAUUCAAC